AUGGACAUUAAAGAAUACUUUGAAAGAAUUGGUUAUCAGAACUCCAGGAACAAACUGGACUUGCAAACAUUAACUGAAAUCCUUCAACACCAGAUACGAGCUGUUCCCUUUGAGAACUUGAACAUCCAUUGCGGGGAACCCAUGGAGCUGAGCUUAGAGGCCGUCUUCGAUCAUGUCGUGAGGAAGAAGCGGGGUGGCUGGUGCCUCCAGUUGAACAAUCUUUUCUACUGGGCUCUGACCACAGUAGGAUUUGAGGCCAUAAUGUUGGGAGGACAAGUUUAUAACUUCCCCGCCUGCAGAUAUAGCAAAACCUUGAUUCAUCCCCUGCUUAUGGUGACCCUCAGUGGCAAAAAGUAUAUCGUGGAUGCUGCAUUCCCAUUUUCCUGCCAGCCGUGGGAGCCUCUGGAAUUAAUUUCUGGGAAGGAUCAGCCUCAGGUGCCUGCCAUCUUUCACUUGACAGAAGAGAAUGGAACUUGGUACCUGGACCAAACUAAAAGGCAACAUUAUGUUCCAAACCAAGAAUUCAUCGAUUCUAACAUUCUUGAGAAGAAUAACCAUCGAAAAAUAUUCUCUUUUACUCUUGAACCUCGAACGAUUGAAGAUUUCAAGUCUGUGAGUGAAUAUGCCCAAACAUCUCCAACUUCUGUAAUGGUCAAGACAUCACUUUGCUCCCUGCAGACUCAAGAAGGGGUUCAUGGCUUGCUGGGCACCACUCUUGUCUACAAAAAGUUUAAUUAUAAGGACAAUGUUGAUCUGGUAGAAUUUAAGACUCUGAAGGAAGAAGAAAUAGAAGAAGUACUAAAGCAUAUAUUUGGUAUUAAUUUGGAGACAAAGCUUGUGCCCAAACGCGGCGAUCCUUUUUUUACUAUUUAG